AAAACAUAACCUAAAUUUGAUUUUGUAAGUCAGUAUCGUGAUCCGUGUGUAGAGUAAGUUAGUUUGACAACGUGGUUGACGAACAGCUAUCAAAACUUUUCUGUAUUUUGUAAAGCAGACGUCUACUUCACAUAUCAAUGUGACCUUAUAGCGAUACUUAAAGCAGCUAUAGUUUAAGUUGAGUAUUAUUAAGUAAUAAAACUAUGCAGAGAAGCGGCGACGGUAAACAAGCCGGUACCGGCGGCUCUGACGGCAGGGGAAAAACCGGUCAUCAUGGUCAUACUGAUCGGUUCUCCGAUGGGGGUGGUCGAUCGUUUUCCAGGGGAGGUUAUUACGGUGGCGGCGGUGAUGGCUGGGGUCGUCGCGGAGGUGGUGGAUACCGUGGCUAUCGCGGUGGAAGUAGAGGCUACCGAGGCGGCACCCAAAAUAGAAGAGGGUACAAAAGGAACCAGGGAAACUUCGACAUCGAUGGUAAAAGACAGAAGAUGGAGGUCGGAAAUCGACUGAAAGAAGUAGACAUUGGCGUCACUGAAUUCGUCGGAGAUCAUAAAGGAUUUUCUGGUGUUGUAAAGGAGAGAUACGGAGACUUCCAUGUGCACGAAAUAACUUUGAACGGCGAAAUAGCCAAACUCACAGACCAGACCAUACCUCCAGAACCAGAUCAACUGGAGAAUAUAGAAGAUCUGAAAAAGGAAAUUCCUGCAGAAGUCUGGAAACAAUUUGAAACGCUGAUAGAAGCUGAGAGCGAGAUUUUAUCUGUGGAAAUCAAUGUCACUGCUAUGAACAAAGACGAGCGUCGUGCCAUUCAUGCAAUAGCAAAGAAGAUACCAAAUACCAUUAGCCAAACUGUGGAAAAGGGGGAAACAAAAUACAUUGUUGUUGCCAAGGCUAACAAGCAGAAACAAAGUGGGCACAUGUUUCGCCGAGAUCAACGCGUAGAUUGGGCUCGCCGCGGUGGAAAUUACUGUCAUUUCCUUCUGCAUAAAGUGAACAUUGACACGAUGGAUGCAUUAAAUCAAAUGGGAAUGUAUUUACGGGUAAAGUCCAACAUGUUCAACUAUGCCGGAACAAAGGAUCGUAGAGCCAGAACGACUCAAUGGGUUAGUUUGAAAAAAAUAAGUCCACUCGACAUUUUGGCAGCAGCGAAAUCAGUCCGAGGUGUUUUCGUUGGUAACUUCAAAUUUUGUGAAGAACCCCUCAAACUUGGAAUGUUAAGUGGAAACCGGUUCAGCAUUGCACUGAGGAGCGUUACUGGAUCUGAUGAAGAAAUUGAGAAAGCUAUGACUUCAUUGCGUGAUAAUGGGUUCAUUAAUUAUUAUGGUCUUCAGAGGUUCGGGACAGUAGCCGCAAUUCCAACACAUGAGAUUGGAAAAGCGUUAAUGCAGGGCAAAUGGCAUGAAGCAAUUGAACUGAUAUUAAAACCUCGAGCUGGCGAACAGCAAAGGGAUCUAGUCGAAGCUAGAGAGAUAUAUAAAAAAACUAAGGAUGCUCAUGAAGCAUUCAAACGAAUUAGUAGGCCUGAUAAAAUAGAAGCCAAACUCUUGUGGGGUCUUCACGUCUGUGGCGACCAAAAUCCUCAAGGAGCGUUGGACUGGGUUCCCAGGAACACGAGUUUAAUGUACAUCCAUGCUUAUCAGAGUUUUAUCUGGAACCUAGUGGUGUCUAAGCGGAUAAAGGAGCUGGGACCAAAACCUGUGGUUGGGGAUUUGGUGUACGAAAAUCGAAACUUUAAAGAAGAGACUGAUAGAUUAGAGUUUAGUCAUAACGAUAACGAAGACGAAAGUGACAAUGAUAAGAAAAAAAAUCCUGCCACGGACAAAAAUGAAGCUAAUGAAAGUGAUUUGACCGAAGUAGACAAACCAGAAGAAGCAGUCAAAGAUAAAGAGGGAAAUAAGGUCGAAGAUCCUGAAAUUGAGGGAAAGGAUUCAAUGAAAAUUGAAGUAAGUGAAGUAAAUAUGGAAAUUGCUCCAGCUAUUGAUAAUGAGAAUAACUUGGGUGCUGCAAAAGACACAGAGAAUGGGGAGGAAGGUAAGGAUGACUUGGACCAAGAUAAAAAUACAGCUGAAAUAGACAAGGAAGAUCUACAUAGUCUCCCAGCUGUUAAAAUUUUGACUGAGGAAGAUUUAUCUAAUUACACACUAACUGAUAUUGUUAUGCCUCAACCUGGAUGGAGAGUCACUUACCCAACAUACGCCAAACCAUGGUUUGAUGAAAUCCUUGCUAAGGAUGGUUUAACUACAGAUCUCAGACAAAAAAACAGAAAAUAUACAUUGGGAGGGGCAUACAGAAAAAUGUUGGAAAUUCCAUCUGAUAUCUCUUGGCGAAUUAUGCGGUACCAAGAAAGACACGACGAUCUGAUUCUGUGCGAUAUUGACGAAAUGAGAGGCCUCUCAGCACCAAAGGAAAACCCAGAGGGCAGGUACAAGGCAUUAAUCGUUGAGAUGUCUCUCAGGCCGAGUACGUACGCGACGAUGGCAUUGCGUGAGAUUUUGAAAUGCGAUACUUCGUCGCAAACGCAGGCUGCUCAAUCUGCCGCAAACAAAGCAGAGGAAGACGAAAAAGAGAAAAAAGAAUCAAAUAAAGAAGAUGAACCGAAAUCUGCCGAAGAUGAAGUGAAACAAGACAAGGAAGUCCUUGACAAGGAUAAUGGAAUGAAAAUGGAAGUGGUAAUGGAGACUGAACCGAAAGAAGAAGAGAUGGACGUUGCUGAGGACAAGGAAAACGAUGAUGAUAAAGAGACGAAGACAUUGGUCAUGGAAGUCGAUUGCACUGAAAAUAUGGUCAAUAUCGAAGUUGACACUGUUAUAACUAAGCCAUAAGCAAAUAAAGUUAAUAAAGAGUUGCA